AGUCAGUUGUGUUUCAGCUUUACGGCGAGUCGGACAUGUCGCAGCUGCAAUAUAAUUCGCAUUCGCUCGUUGAGAUAGCGCCAUGCGAGUGGAAAACUUUACUGGAGCUUUAUGAAGGCAAAAAGACGGAAUCAAAUGGAUAUUAUUUAAUAAAAAACCAUAUUAACUGGUUGGCCAAUGGUGACAAAAGUGAUAUAAAGUGCUACUCGCUUGACGGGGACUGGCAAAACGAUGGCACCUUCCUGAUGAUUAAACACUUAUCUGUCCACAAAGAAGUCUCUUUUAAUACGCUGAGCUCGAACCUGGAUCGUUUGACCAGUGCGCUGCUCUGUUUGACAUCCAAAGCCGAGGAUAUAUAUUUGUUCGCUGCCUAUGGGGAGCGGAUUCUGCCCGCCGUAGAGGUCUGCAGCAAGCAAUUGCCGAACUUACGGCAACAAACAACGCAGACAGCUUGGUACAGUGCCAGCAAAGAGCUGGUUGCUACAUUUUCAGCGGAGCCACCUGCUGGAAUCGAGCUGCGCAGCUUGGACAUAGAAGAUGCACCAACCGUUAAUGAAAUCUGGCCACAUCGUGCCGAUGGCUCCGUGGAGUUUGUCAAAUUGUUGAUAGUCCACAACGUUUCGGUGGGUGCUUAUGACGAACAAGGCAAAUUGAUAGCCUGGUGCUUGAGAUUGCCAAUUGGCUCGCUGGGCCUGCUACAGGUCCUCGAAUCCCAUAAACGCCUCGGCCUGGGAAGUUUGAUGGUGCGUUACUUAUCCAAGAAAAUCUCUGAAAUGGGCGACGAGGUCUUGGCACCUGUUGUCACAGAAAACACGCCAUCGCGAAAAAUGUUUGAAAAGCUGGGCUUUCAAAAAAUCGACAACGUCUACUGGACUUGGUAGACGGUAUAGAAAAGAUUACUACGAGCCAUGCCUAAAGUAUUGAUUAAUGUAUAUUGUCAUAUUUCAUAAUGUGUUUACCAGCAACAAAUAAAUACAACACAAUGCCAAAAGAACAAAUCAAUGCUAUGAUUAAAA